UAACACUUUGUCAUCUCACAUUAGCUUCAUGCUAGUUUAAACUAAAGUAAUUAGCUCUAAUCCUCGGUGUUCUCGGUAAGAAAGCGUAUAAGUGUAUUUUCCCAAAAUAUUGUCGGCUAAUGAAAACCAAUUUAAUAUAACCCUACAGUAAGGGAAAUAAGUCAAGCACAGCUAACUUUUGGAAUAAAUUAAUUUCAGCUCAGAGGUAGCUAGCCUGUUCGUUGCACCUAGCUAAUACUGACAGGUGGUUCUCUGCUGUUGAUGUAGAUGGUUAAAGGCGUAAUUUCUACCCCACUGAGGUUGUUCCCCACUCCCACAUAACGCAGAAGGGUCCAGCUGGAUAUAGUUGAGAGGAGUGACAAUAGAGAAGGCAAACCGGAGGCGUGUAUGCCGAAGGAGAGUCUCCGCCCUCCGGAGCAGAACAGGCUGCUGGAUGAACCGCUCCGCUUUCAGCGACUUCAGAAAACUGUUUGCAUACCAAUCUGUCCUCAGCACUGCGUGCUGGUCCGAACUGGGAUCGCUGAUCUCGGAGCGGUGGAUUUUUGUUUAGUGGGACGGUGCUGCCAUUCAGCCCCGUGGACGUCCCAGCUGAUCGGCAUUUUUUGUUUUAUUUGAAUAUUUACUUCUAGCAGUCACAGGCUUCUCAAAACCGUCUGUUUAGUGACGUUUCACAAGGAAAGAGCUUGUCACAGCCAGGGGUUUCGGCACUGAGCUGCGCUUUGAGCCCAUGAAAACAGGAGAGGAGAGAAAACCGAGAAGUCAUCAGCUUCACCUGAACAAAGAAGAGGCACACGCGGAUACACAUGGGGCAGGGAGAGGCUUCAGCACGAGGGACAACCAUGGAGGGGGACUGUCUCAGCUGCAUCAAGUACCUCAUGUUUGUCUUCAAUUUCCUCAUCUUUCUGGGGGGCUCUUUCCUCCUGGGAGUGGGAGUGUGGGUGCUGGUGGACCCCACAGGGUUCAGGGAAAUUGUAGCUGCCAACCCCCUGCUUUUCACUGGUGUCUACAUCAUCCUGGGCAUGGGGGGCAUGCUCUUCCUUCUGGGGUUCCUGGGCUGCUGUGGAGCCAUUCGCGAAAAUAAGUGUCUGCUCCUCUUUUUCUUCAUGCUUAUCCUCCUCAUCUUCUUAGCAGAGCUGGCUGCCGCCAUCCUGGCCUUCAUAUUCCGGGAGCAUCUGACCAGAGAGUACUUCACCAAGGAACUGAAGAGACACUAUCAGGGCUACAACAACACUGAUGUCUUCACCUCCACAUGGAAUGCCAUCAUGACUACAUUUGACUGCUGUGGGGUGAACAGCCCAGAGGAUUUUAAGGACAGCCUGUUCAGGCUGAUCAACCAGAAUCAUGCGGUGCCAGAAGCCUGCUGCCAGCGUGCCAGUCAGACCGGGGAGUUGGCCUAUAUCAGCCAGGAGCAGUGCUUAUCAGGCAAUAUGAUGUUCCGCAAUAACAAGGGCUGUUACUCUGCGGUAGUCGACUACUUUGAACUGUACAUCUAUGUGGCUGGGGCGCUGGCCAUCGUGGUGCUGACCAUUGAGCUCUUUGCCAUGGUGUUUGCAAUGUGUCUCUUCAGGGGAAUCCAGUAGAGCUGCUCCAUCGAUGAACUUCUUUUUUUUUUUUCUUAAAAAAAAAAAGGGAAUUCAGGAGAAAGAAACAAAAUGGACACUUGUAAAUUUGUUGAUCUCUUUUUCUAUUGGCUAAUUGGUAGAAAACCAAACUCUCAAACUCUUGUACUUCACAGCUGGACUUUUGAGGUACUGGGUUGCAAAAAACAAACAAACACGUAAACCAUAGAGAAAAUGGGAGAUCAGAUACAAAACUGAUGUAAAAAAGAUUUGUGUGUAAAGUGGAAACAGUAAUUUUUGGACCAGGUCUAGGACAGACUGGGUGUAAAGUGGACCAGACAUGAGGACCAGGUGAAGCCUGCGCAGAAGGCACUGCACUGACUUUUGGAUGAAGAAUAUUUAUAUAAAGUAAAGUUGGCUUAACUGUAAAAAACAAUAAAACUGUGUUUCAUGUACACUUUGGCUGUUAUCCCGUCCCUUUCACACUCCCUCCCUCCAUAUGCCUUUUUUACAGCCACUCUUCUUUAAUGCUGUAUUAUAUAAGCUCUUUGUGUAUGUGUGUGUGCGCGUGUGUGUGUGUGUGUACAUACUUGACACUCUUUUUGAAUGUGUAUGGACCAGUUUGUGAGCAGGUGAACUCCUGGCUUUUCAUCAUCCAUCCCAAGCUUGAAAGCCGACCUUCUUUUUCUAUUUGUAUGGUGAUGUUUAUUGCAGUAGUGGUUUCAUGUGGUUUUAGGUGGUGAAAUGUACUUGUAUGCAUUUGUAUUAGAUUGAUGAAAAGUCGUUGACAUAAAAGGCAUUUGAAAUGAC